AUGGUUAAAGUGCUGGCCUGCAUGUUGAUUGUACUACAGCAGCUCGUGGCGUCAGCUCUGAGCUACUUUGUUGGUAAUGCUAGCUAUAUUACUGCACUAAGUGUUGGUGUGCUCUCAGGUUUUGCUUUCUGUGAUUUAUGGUACUUUUUGCGCUUGGGGUUGCAAUCAAUUACGUCUCGAGAUUGCAAACCUCGUCGCCAUUUGCUUGCAGUGAGUAAGAUCAAAGGUCACGUUGGACUCAUGGACAUUGAUCGGAAUGGACACUGCAAUAACGCACGUUUCCUGCGUGAAUGUGGCUUUGGUCGCCGUGAUCUAUGGCAGCACAACGGCGUAUGGAAGCUCGUGACUGCAGUGGAUGGCAACCUUGUUGUAGGUGCACAGACUGUACGCUAUCGACGCGAGCUGUCGUUUGGCCAGGUCUACACAUUGGAGUCACGACUCAUUUGUUGGGACAAGCGUGCCUUUUACGUCGAACAUCGCUUCGUGACCAAAGGUGCUAAUGGAAGCUUUGUGAACGCCAUUGUACUGGUAAAGAAUACGGUGCUUGGCGCACUUAGCCCUCAGCAAAUUGUCGACAAGCUCCCAGAGCUACAGAUUGAUGAGGAGGUGAGCCCUGCCAUGCCCACAGAUAUUUCCACCUGGAUUCAGAGCAACGAUGUUUCGAGCAAGAUGCUUCGAGCUAAGGCUGAGAAAUAA